AUGAACGGGUACCGAAUGGAUGGAUUCAGUGGCUAUAGUGUCAAAUAUUCCCCUUUCUUUGACAAUAAGUUAGCUGUCGCUUCAGGGGCAAAUUUUGGAUUAGUUGGGAACGGGAAGCUACAUAUCAUCGAUAUCAACGAUCAAGGUAAAUUACAAGAAUCUAACUCAUUUAUCACGCAGGAUUGUUUGUUUGAUACUGCAUGGAAUGAACUACAUGAAAACCAGGUGGUUGUGGCGCAAGGUGACGGAUCGUUACGUUUAUUCGAUAUAACUCAGAAGGAUUAUCCGAUCGCUGUCUUUAAAGAACAUGAAAGAGAAGUAUUAAGUUGUAAUUGGAACCUAGUGAGUAAAAAUACAUUCACAAGUAGUUCAUGGGAUGGCAGUGUGAAAAUAUGGUCUCCCUUAAGGACAAAUAGUUUAUCAACAUUAGUACCGUAUCCAAUGAAAGUGAUAGAAUAUGUUGACCGCGUUGAUAUACCGUUAUCAAAUCAAAAUACACAUUCUGAUGUAAUUCAGAAUAAAAACUGCAUAUAUCAAUCAAUAUUCUCUCCACACGAUCCUAAUUUAAUACUUAGUUGUGCGGGUAACUCCUAUAUUACAUUAUUCGAUAUGAGACAAUCUUCCACCUCAAAUAACCAACAAAAUUUUCUAUCACACGGUGGCCUAGAGACUCUAACAUGUGAUUUCAACAAGUAUCGACCCAAUAUUAUCGCUUCUGGUGGUGUUGAUAACGCAAUACGUAUUUGGGAUUUAAGGAUGAUUGAAACCACUAGAGGCAACUUAUCAGCAACUACAACAACAAGACCUAAAUGUGUCAAUGAGAUCACACGAGCACACGAAUUAGCAGUAAGAAGGGUUGUAUGGUCUCCACAUGACCCCACGUUACUAUUAUCUGCAUCCUAUGAUAUGACUUGCUCAAUAUGGAAAGACUUGAGUUUUGACGGUAGGAGCCUAACAAAUAGAACAAACAAUACUCAUAUAGGAAAGGGAUGCAUUGCAAAAUUUGGAGGACAUUCUGAGUUUGUAUUUGGUACCGAUUGGAGUUUGUGGGGUAAACCAGGUUAUGUAGCGUCAACUGCAUGGGAUGGUAAUGUAUUUAUAUGGAAGGGUUACUAA